CCAAAGCCAGCUGGCAAACGAAUCAUUUGCCAGGUCAGGAGCAGCAACAGCAGAGGUGCUCACGCCAUGGCACAGGACUCCCACCUUCGUCAAAUCUGACCCACCACCUGCCGUGUCGCGCCUCUAUACUUCCCAUCCCACACUCCACGCCGCGCACCCCUCAGCAUGUCUUCCCCUAGCCUCAUCACGCAGCUCUCGCACUACGUCCUCGACGGCAUCUGGCAACUGCAGUCCUGCUUCAACUGCUUCCCCUCCAACCCCUCACUGAAAAUCAACGGCCGCUCCUUCAAGAUCCUGCGCCUGCUGGGCGAAGGCGGCUUCAGCUACGUCUACCUCGUGCAAUCCCCUGGCGACCCGACCUACUACGCCUUAAAAAAGAUCCGAUGUCCCUUUGGGCAGGAGAGCGUGUCGCAGGCGCUGAAAGAGGUCGAGGCGUACAGCCUAUUUACCCCUCAUCCGAAUAUUAUACGUGCGAUUGAUCAUGCGGUGGAGAGCGAUAGGGGAGGCGAUGCGGGGAGUAAGACGGUGUAUAUCUUGCUGCCGUAUUACAGGAGGGGGAAUUUGCAGGAUGCUAUCAAUGCCAAUCUUGUCAAUCGGGCGCGAUUCCCCGAACGAAGGCUGAUGGUGCUGUUCCUGGGGGUCUGCAGAGCUUUGAAGGCAAUGCAUCAGUACACUGUCAAGGGGGCGCCGGGAGGCGAGGCAGCGAGGAAGAAGGCGAAGCAAGUACGGCAAGAAGCGGCCGAGGCGGACCGCGAGGCGGAGGAGGAGGUCGUCCAAGCUAACACACGUCGGAAGAGAAGAGAUAGAGAAGAUGAGACGGCGGAGCAAGAUCCACUCAUGGAAGGCGAAGUCAUGGCCGCGCAAGAAGGGAUUGCCGAAGGGGAGCCCCGAUCGUAUGCGCAUCGCGAUAUCAAGCCCGGCAACAUCAUGAUCUCGGACACUGGCGUGCAGCCCAUCGUCAUGGACCUUGGAUCGCUGGCGCCAGCUCCCACACCCAUCACGAGUCGAGCAAUGGCGCUGCAAGUGCAAGACCAAGCAGCCGAGCACAGCACCAUGCCAUACCGAGCGCCCGAGCUAUUCGACGUUAAGACCGGAACCGUCAUCGACGCCAAAGUCGACAUCUGGUCACUUGGCUGCACGCUCUACGCCUGCCUCGUCGGCAAGUCACCCUUCGAAGCGCGGUCAGAGGAAACAGGAGGCAGUUUGUCGCUCUGCGUUCUCGGUGGAGACUGGAGAUUCCCUGACGAAGGACCUGCAGAAGCGAAGCGCGGCAAGCAGAGAGUGGUCGAUGCGGAGGAAGCUGCCAACAAGCCCAAGGAGGAGGUCAUUAGCGAAAAUGUCAAGGAGAUCGUACGCAUGUGCCUGCAAGUCGAGCCGAGCGAGCGGCCGGAUAUCGACCAGCUGAUUGCUAGAGUGGAGGAAGUGAUUGGCCAGUUGCCGGACGAUGGUGACGCCGCACUGGACAUGGAUUGAGCAUCAGGUAGCGAUUGGAACCUACACUAAUGUGGACAAACGAGAUCGUAUCUGUAUGAAACUACCC